AUGGCCACUGCAAAACCCGCGAAGAAAAUCUUCCCAAUUAAAACAUUCAUCUCAGACCUCCCGACAACCCACAUCUUACAGACACGUCCAUCAGCUUCAGAAAAUGAAGCCAGACCAGCCCGUGGACGCCUGGUCAUUAUCGGCGAUAUACACGGGAUGAGAAAAUCCCUCUCAUCACUUUUAGACAAAGUCACUUUCGACCAACACAAUGGCGACCACCUGAUCUUAGUCGGAGAUCUUGUCAAUAAAGGGCCCGAUAGCGCCGGCGUCGUCGAUAUAGCCAUGAAGCUAGGUGCCAGUGCCGUGAGAGGAAACCAUGAAAAUGCAGUCCUGCAUGCGGCUGAGCAGAUCCGCGCGAAAAGAGAGAGUUUGUUGCUUGCUGGAAUCCUGAGUAUUGCACAGAGGGACUCGGACUCGGACCCAAAUACGAAUACCGGACAGGCCACACCAGCUCCGGCUCAGACUCCGAGUUCCGGACCCGACUUCGAACUCGUCGAUGAUAUGGAGAAUUUUCAAAAAUACAUGGCUGCUAAUGCUGGUCCCGAUGACGUGCUGCACGGUGUUGCAACAUACACCACGGCAUUAAAGCUUUCAAAAAGGCACCUGGAAUGGCUGGCCUCUUUACCAUUAAUUUUGCGAGUCGAACUACCCCGCGACUUAAUAUCGCCUUUUGGCGAGAAUUUGAUCGUGGUUCAUGCGGGUCUUGUUCCUAAUGUUUCGCUUGAGAAGCAAGAGCCGCAUUCUAUCAUGCAUAUGCGGAGUCUGAAUCGUGCAUCGAGUGAAGGGGCCGCGGGAGCAGAGUUGCUUCCGACGGAGGACUUUGGCGAAGAAGGCUGGAUUAAAGAAUGGGAUUCAUGGCAGGAGAGUCAGGAGGUUAAGACGACGGUUGUUUUUGGUCAUGAUGCGAAGCGUCGGUUGCAGGUGGGGAAGUAUACGAUUGGGCUUGACUCGGCUUGUUUGUAUGGGUAUCAGCUGAGUGCGCUUGUGAUUUCGACUGGCGAGGGUCGGGUUCAGCAUCGGGUUGUUCAGGUUGAUUGUGUUGAUAAGCCUGUUGUUCCACCUGUGCCUGUACCUGUGCCUCAAGCGGGGACCGAGAAAGAAACCACUCAAACAGAGACCCAAUAA